AUGCUUUUUAAUGGGCGGAACGCACCGCGAAUGAUUCAAAAUGUUACGGUGAAAGCUAAUGCUACACACGCUGAAAUCAGAUGGGAUGCACAGGAUGAUGGACCAAUGUUGAAGAUCGAUUUCAAAUUGGUGCGGCGAACAGAUGGAGUAGAGGUAUGGUCUGAUGGAAAUGCUGAGUCGGGAGUAGUAGUUGGGAAAUUAUUACCUGCAACGCCGUACACAUUAUUCAUAUCAGUUUUUGAUGGCCAAAAUGAACCAUUUAAAAUAACCGAACACUUUACAACAUCGGAAAGUGCUCCUGAACCACCGACCUUGGGUGAAAUACGUGUUCUGAACUUGCAAGGGGGUUUGUAUUGUGAAGUUGAAUGGAUGCCACCUAAGACACCAAAUGGAAGGAUCACUAAGUAUUACGUAACAGUACGAGGACAAGUACGACAUAUUUCGCCUGGAGGUACAAUUUCAAAUGAUGAUUUUCCUGCCGAAGAGAAGAGUCAGUGUUCUAAUUAUAAUAAUGACGACAAGAGUUUUACUAGUGCAGAUGCUAUUGCAGAUUUUUAUUCCUGUCGUUUCGGACCAUUAAAGCCAAAUCGUAAUUAUACGGCGCUGGUGUGGGCAGAAAAUGGCGUCGGUAGAAGCGAGAAUGCGUCAUAUCCAGAACAAUGUGUAACGGACUAUGCACAGCCAGAUGCUGUUGAUGCACCAGCUUCACUGCCUCAAAACGGAACAACUUUCGGUCUCACAUUUGCUAGCGAACCGGAUGAAAUGAAUGGGCCUGUGGCAUGUUACUAUGUUGCAAUUGUGCCUCUCUCACCGAAUGUGGUUAUCGAAAGUUUACCAGCACCUGAUUCCCUAAUUGUUGACACGUUCUUGAAAACGAUGAACAACAACAUGCAGAAUGAGCAGAUAAAGCAGGAUACGAGACAAAAACGUCGGUAUUUUGCAUACAUUGCAGAAAGUUACAUGCAGUAUCCAAAGAAAACGUUGAUUGGUGAUGGUAAUACGACAGGUGGUGUGGAACCAUGCAAUGUUUUAUAUUUAAGCCGCCAUCGACCUGAAGAUCCGGCUUUGAAAUCUGGUUUAAAGUAUACCGGGUUUUUAAUUGCCCGUGUCGAUCGCGACUCUACUACUCGUGAUGAACUUUUUCGACAAAAUGAUCCUUUUUUUAUCAAGAGAAAAAGAAGGCGAUUAUAUCAGAGUAUAGAAAAGCAAUUUCUGGAUCGAAGCCGUUGGUUCAGUUAUCGAGAGAACUGGGAACUUUCGAGCCGUUUAAGGUCAUCGCGACAUCUAAUUAUGAGUGGUCCAGCAUAUGGUUUUAGUGGGUACUUCAAACCUGUAAUUUUGGAAGCUUUUGAUGAGCGACUGAUACAGUCAUGGAUGACGGUGCUGUUCACUGUAUUAUCUUUGAUUUUGUUCAUCAUGCUUGUAUCUUCAUUCGUCACCUAUAUUUUGCACAGGCAUGGAAUGAUAAAGCAGUUGUGCCCAAUAACGAAGGAUCGGAUACUUCUAAAGCCUCAUUUCCAUGCAACACCUGUGGAAGAUUUACCCGAUGAAUACACAAUCCGACGACGGGACAGCAGUUAUUUGUGUAUUUCGGAAUUUGACGCUUUACCAAAUUAUCGAACAUUGGAAUCAUGUACAUCUGAACGAGCCGAAAAUGCUCAUAAAAAUCGCUACAACGAUAUCAAAGCAUUUGACUCAACGCGCGUGAAGUUAUCUAUUAUUGGAAAUGAUCCAUCAACUGAUUAUAUUAACGCUAACUUUGUCAAGGGAUAUAAAGGCCGAAAAAUAUUUAUUGCAUCGCAAGGUCCGCUUGAUGCCAGUACUGAUGAUUUUUGGCGUAUGAUUUGGGAGCACAAAGUACGAGUUAUUGUUAUGGUUGCUAAUCUUUAUGAAAGGAACCGGUGCCAGUGUGCAAAGUAUUGGCCCGAUGAUGGACCAAAAAUUUAUGAUAAAUUGGAAGUUCGUCCAGUUUCUUCAAUUUAUUAUUCUGACUAUGCGAUACGCAACUUCGAAAUUCGUCGAUUGCAGUCCAAUGGCGCUAGUGGUUGCCUUUCAGGAACUCCGGCUACUAUUUCUUAUGAUACUUCAAAUAUUAAUGGAGAUUGCUCUGCUCAUCCUUCAUCUGUGAUCGUAAACGUGAAAAAUAUAGCAUCAGUUCGUGGUUCGACUGAUUCCAUCCUUAAUGAUAGGUUUAUCAAUUCGAAACGAAAUUCUCGAUGUAGUAGCAGCAAUACGCAAUUAAAUGAUGCUUAUGCUGAAACAGAAUUUAGCGGUAAAUUGCAAGGUAAUGCAAGUUGGAUAUUCAUAUGUAUCAAACCAAUAUCACAUGGAGGUUAUUCUUCUUUUCUUCAUUAUUGAUC